UCUAUGCUCAAAGAGGCAAACAUUACUUACAAGAUGGCUACCAACAUUAUCAUUUUCACCACCUUUAUCCUCUUCACAACCUCCAUCUCCUCGGCAUGCAACCAGCAAGACAAAGCAGCUCUCCUGUCCUUCAAGAAGUCCUUCCCCUCCGCCAACUUCCCCUCCUGGACCCCACACACUGACUGCUGCCGCUGGACCGGCGUCGAGUGCGACGACUUCAGCGGUCGUGUCAGCUUCCUCUCCCUCCAUGAAAAACCCGCCCUGAACGGCACCCUCCCCUCCUCCAUUGGCGACCUCGUCGGCCUCCAAGUCCUCAGCCUCAGCAACUUCCCCAACCUCAAAGGCCCAUUCCCUCCCAAAUUCAAAAAUCUUAAGAACCUCCAACAUCUCACUAUCUACAAGACGUCUCUCUCUGGCUCCAUCCCUAAAUAUUUCUCCACCUUCACUCAACUCAAACAACUCAGUCUCAUGGCCAGCCGGUUCACGGGCCCCAUCCCUUCUUCCCUCGGCGAGCUCAGCGAGCUCUCUAUUAUCGACUUCUGGGGGAACCGGCUCGCCGGAAAAAUCCCUGGUUCUCUCUUCAGCAUGUAUAAAGGUUCUGAUCUGGUUGGGUUUGAUCUCUCUCAGAAUAAGCUGACAGGCAACAUCCCGCAAUCUUUUGGUAAUGUUAGUUUCACGAGUGUGAACUUGAUGAGCAACAAGCUCACCGGCGAUGCCUCGUUUCUGUUUGGGAGGUCGAAGCCUGCAACCCAGAUAAUUCUGGCUUCGAACAGGCUGGCGUUUGAUCUUAGUAAAGUUGAGUACCCUGAAAAGAAUUUGGAGUAUGUGGAUAUCAGCCAUAAUGGGAUUUAUGGGAGGAUAUCAGAGAAUAUUGUGAGAUCGACGAAGCUGGGUCAUUUUGAUGUGAGCUACAACAGGCUUUGUGGCAAGAUACCGGCGAAGAUGAGGAACACGGUGGAUGCCUCGUUCUUCGAGCAUAACAAGUGUCUCUGUGGGAAGCCACUGCCGGCCUGCAAGUGAUUGUAGCAUGGAGGAGGCUUUAGAUUCUGCACAUCAUCAAUCAAUGACAUCCUUCCUUUUACUGAAGAAGUAUUAGUUCACUGUUUCUGCAGUAGUUUCAUGAUUCGUGUGUUAGAAUGUAGCUAGCUGUUGGUUGGUGAUUAGUGUUGAUCCCAAGUAAGGCACUAAUAUCUGAAAUAGUUCCUCUAUCUCGAGUAUCAGAUUAUGUUAGUUAUCUUUGAUAAA